AUGAAUUAAAAAAAGACUCGGAUCCAAAUAACCCGAAAUUUCCAUAACAACCACCUACCGGUCAGAGUCACGACACCAUCCUCUCGAAUCCACCACCAUUCUCAUCAUCGUCAUCGACGACCGGUAGACCUUCAACGACCUUCAGCUUCGAAACUAUUCAAUUUCUUAUUCAAAACCUCCGCCGAAAAAAUCAAAUUUCUGGGUUAAUUUACACCAAUGUCCUCCAGUUCAAGUUCCUCCUCCGGCGAUGAUUCCGAUUCUAACCCUAAGCAUCUCGAAAGCCAAUUCCAAUCCGUUACCUUAAGCGAAUCAUCUAAUAACCUAAAUGAACGGGAGCUAGAAAGAGAAGAAGCAUUCCUUGACCAAAACGACGCCGAAUCUGUUGCUGUUGGAGAAUCAGAAGAACGGCUUAAUAAUGGAUCAGUUGAGGAGAACGGUAAUUACGGAGAAAGUAAUGAUAUUCAAAUUCAAGUUGAAGAAGACAGAAUUGAAGAGAGCGGUAGCAUUAGGAGGACGAAUUCGGAAGUUGAAGUUGAUGCGCCGCCAAGCCCUAGCAGUAGCGGAUACGCCGGUGAGAGAGGCAGCAGUAAUGCUACUAAUGAAGAUGAUGAUGAAAUUCAGGAGAUUAGCAAGGACCGCGAUGGUGUUGAUUUCCGUUCCGACUCGCAAACCAGCUGGACGCCUGGAAAACGACAUGUCGAUGAGGAUGAUGCUUCUAUAACAUGGAGGAAAAGGAAGAAGCAUUUUUUUAUAUUGAGUCAUUCUGGGAAACCGAUCUAUUCAAGAUAUGGCGACGAGCACAAGCUGGCAGGGUUUUCAGCAACAUUGCAAGCCAUCAUUUCGUUUGUGGAGAAUGGAGAGGAUCGUGUCAAAUUGGUUAGGGCAGGAAAGCACCAGGUGGUUUUUCUUGUCAAAGGACCGAUUUACUUGGUUUGCAUCAGUUGCACAGAAGAACCAUAUGAAGCAUUGAGGGGGCAGCUGGAGCUUAUCUAUGGUCAGAUGAUACUCAUUUUAACAAAGGCAGUAAAUAGAUGUUUCGAGAAGAAUCCGAAGUUUGAUAUGACGCCCUUGCUUGGAGGAACAGAUGUUGUCUUUUCAUCUCUCAUACAUUCAUUUAGCUGGAAUCCAGCGAUAUUUCUUCAUGCAUACACAUGUCUUCCUCUAGCUUAUGCAACAAGGCAAGCUGCGGGUGCUAUAUUGCAAGAUGUUGCUGAUUCAGGUGUCCUCUUUGCAAUUUUAAUGUGCAAACACAAGGUUGUGAAUUUAGUUGGUGCCCAAAAAGCUUCUCUUCAUCCUGAUGAUAUGCUGCUGCUUUCCAACUUUAUUAUGUCAUCCGAAUCAUUUAGAACUUCAGAGUCUUUCUCACCAAUUUGCCUGCCAAGAUACAAUCCUAUGGCAUUUUUGUAUGCUUAUGUCCACUAUCUUGAUGCUGACACAUACCUGAUGCUGCUUACUACUAGUUCGGAUGCCUUUUAUCAUCUUAAAGAUUGCAGGAUUCGUAUUGAAAUGGUUCUUCUGAAGUCCAAUGUUCUCAGCGAAAUUCAGAGAUCCAUGUUAGAUGGUGGGAUGCGUGUUGAGGAUCUGCCUGGUGAUCCAUUGCCUCAUACUGGGACUCCCGCUUCCCAUUUGGGACAGCAUAAAUUACCAACUGAUGCUCCUGAGGCAUUCAGGGAAUCAUAUGUGGGAAUCGGUGGUCCUGCUGGCCUUUGGCAUUUUAUGUAUCGCAGUAUAUAUUUGGAUCAAUAUGUAUCAUCCGAGUUCUCAUCCCCUAUUAACAGUCCGCAGCAGCAGAAAAGAUUAUAUAGAGCUUACCAGAAGCUUUAUACCUCCAUGCAUGAUAAGGGAAAUGGGCCACACAAAACCCAGUUUAGAAGAGAUGAGACUUAUGUUCUACUCUGUUGGGUCACCCCAGAUUUUGAACUUUAUGCAGCAUUUGAUCCACUAGCAGACAAGGCUUUGGCAAUAAAGACUUGUAACAGGAUUUGUCAAUGGGUGAAAGAUGUUGAAAAUGAGAUUUUUGUGUUGGGAGCAGGCCCUUUUUCAUGGUGAUAUCCCAAAAUAUUAUUAGCAACUCUGCGUGUAUACUAGUAUUUAUUAAUUUUAUAAAAAUCCCGCAAUUUUCCGCUACUCACUAUGAAUUUGCACAUAGUAACAGUUGAAGAGUAUCGAUUUAGUCUGUUUACCUUCUAAAAACACUGCUAUAUGUGCAUCCAUCAGUUGCCACAAAAUGUAAGCAAUAAUUUAUUCUUAACAUCUAAUGUAUUAGUAUUUUGAUUUUCCA